AUGAAGUUUGACGACAUUCUUCAAGAAGUUGGAGAAUUCGGAAAAUAUCAAAAGUUUGUGUAUUUUCUUUUAUGUAUCCCUUCCUUUGCUUGUGGACUAUUCAUGAUGCAUUUGGUUUUUGUUAUGGAAACACCGAAUUACAGAUGCAAACUCAAGGACUAUCCGAAUGACACAUACCUUGUCCAGAACAUGGAACACCGGCGAUUGGUGGAUAUUUUUAUUCCGCGAGAUUCUGUCGGAAGUUAUCGAAAGUGUGACUUCUAUUCAUACACAUCAAAUGUCAGCAUUACGGCGUCUAUGUACACUCAUAAUGAGACAGAACUAGCAAAUCUUACCAUUGGUGCAAAUGCAACAUUACAGACAUGCUCUGAAUGGGUCUAUGACAAAUCUGUUUUUAAAGAAACGUUCACCUCAGAGCACAACCUCGUCUGUGACGAUGCCAUUUUAGUGUCCCAUUCCAGGAUGGUUUUUUACUUCGGUGUUUUGGUUGGUGAUAUUGUUUUUGGAUGGUCAUCAGACAGAUUAGGAAGGAAAAUCACCAUGUACACUGGACUUCUGUUACUCAUUGGUGGCGCGUUUGCAGUCAGCUGGGCCCCGGAAAUAAUCAGUUUUACCGUCCUAGAAUUCAUUAUUGGAGCGGCAAAUCAUGCUUUUCUUUGCACCAAUGUACUUGGUCAGGAAUUGGUGGGACCCUCUAAGAGAAAGUACACAGGAACUAUCUGGCACAUGUCUUUCGCUGUUGGAGUUGUGUACCAAACAAUUGUGUAUUAUUUUUCACGAGAUUGGCAGACAUCAUGUAUAGUAUUCGCAGCGUCUUGUCUCGUUAUGAUUCCAUACUGGUGGUUGAUUCCUGAAUCUCCUAGAUGGUUAAUAAGCCAAGGGCGACAUGAGGAGGCCAAUGUCAUCCUACAAAGGAUUGCCAAAGUGAACGGAACCACGAUGUCACCAGAGAUUGCUAAGAAUCUUAUCAUAAAGAAGGAAAAUGUCGGAAGUUUUAGGGACCUUCUCAAAAGCAAGAUAAUGUGUCUCAGAGCAGUUAUUCUGAGUUUCAACUGGAUGGCAGUUAGUUUAAUGUACUAUGGAGUGACAUUAAAUGCAGGACAUAUCGGAAACUUUUACCUUAAUUUCUUCCUAAUGGGCAUUGUGGAAUUUCCCGGUAUUUUGUGCACCAUUUUCUUGAUAGACAGAAUUGGUCGUAAAAAACUUCACCUCAUUUGUAUGCUGGUGGGAGGAGUAGCCUGUCUUCUCACCAUAUUUACAGUGACGGUCGCCAGAGAAACUUUAAGACCACUGACCGUUGCUCUAGCAGUGACAGGUAAGAUGGCAUCCUCCGCUGCUUUUGUGGUUGUUUACAUAUUCACUGUGGAACUGUUUCCUACCGUCAUAAGGAACGUCGCUCUCGGAACAGGUUCUUGUUUUGCCAGAUUUGGAAGCAUGACUGCACCAUAUUUCGUUACCCUUGGUAUGACUAUAGAAGGCUCCCUUGGCGAGGCCUUUUCUCUGGUUAUUUUCGGUGCUGUUUCUGUUGCCGCUGGUAUCAUGUGCCUUUAUUUACCAGAAACUUUGAACCAGAAAUUACCAGAAACCAUAGAGGAUGGAAUCAAUUUUGGAAGAGUUAGAAAGACAACUGUAGUAGAUAGAAAUGGAAAAGACGACACAGAGAGAAACUUUGAGAAUGACAAAAUAGAAAAUCUCCAAUUGUAAAACAGUCUUGCUUGAAAUCUUUCAAACCGGUGGUGUCUAUGAGGACAAUGGAUUGUAAAAGUUUUGGAAAUUUGUCAAAUAUUUUUGUACAGGGUAUACCUUUGCUAAAACACAUAUUAUCUAGACGUUUACGGGAAAGUGUACCAAGUUUAUCAAUAAAAAUUGUAUUUUUUCCCUUUUUGCA